AUGGAGGUGGAGAAGGCGGCUGAGAUUCUUCAAGGCCAUCCCUUAUUCGUGCGCUGGGCGAGCAACUUUCAAGAUUCAAAUGUUACCCUGACGAAGAGGGUAGGUGCCUUGAAAGAUGUGUUUGCGAGGCACGACAGCGAUCCCAUUGGGGGUUUUAAGGAGGCAUUUGCUUUGAUGGAUGACUCCGCUACGGAAGUUCUUACGGUCUUGGCGGUCCUCAAGGAUAGCCGGUUGACAAAUUUGGAUCUGGAGAAGUUCACGCCACUAGCGUGUACUCUUGAUUCAAUAUCUGCGGCUCUCCAAUUUCUAGAGCGCUACCAUUACGUCGAGAAACGCCUUGCUGAUGUAGAUACGUGGAAUCUGCAUCCUGGUCUCUAUAUUGCCGUCAGACUCUGGGCCCAUGAUCGAGGACACCUGGGUCACGCUAUCGCCCGGUUGACAAACACAAUCGGGGAUGGUUCGAGACCUUUUGGGUGUUACAGGAACGAUAUUCCAUGGCUGCUAGAAACCGGAACAUCGUGUUACACCAACGAAAACCGGGCCUAUCUGCAUAUUCCAUUCGGGGAUUAUGCCCAAGGCUUCUUCUACCUCAUGGAGUAUCACAUUACAUUCGUAAGCAUUAGCCAACAAGAACGAAAGGGCUACCGGAGUUCAUAUGUCGAGCCGAUGGCCAGAUAUGUCUUCAACCUGUCACCGGAGAUGUGGCUACAACAGGUACCUCCCAACCAGCGGAGGAAGGACAUAGUCUUGGCCAUGAUUCAGACGCUCAAAAUUGUGGAGAGCGAGAUGUACGCCAAAUUAGUGGCAGACUUCCGCGCGGGGGAUAUUACGAAGGGCACUGGGUCAGGGCUGUGGAUGCUCUGCCUUCGCGAGGGCGUUAGCGACAAAUGCGGAGACAGAUGA